UAUUUUCGCCCUGUCGCGUCCAACCGGACGCGACGGUCUUCUGCGCUUCCUUUCAGUAUAUAUGUUGGUAAUUUUAAGAUUAUUUUGAUGUGUAUUAACCAGAAUAUGUGGUGUAACUUGAUGAGAUGGCAACGGGCCUUGAGUUGACUGAAUUUUGUAUCGUUAAAGUCAAUGCCGAAGAAGAAGGUACCUGCACGUUAGCUAGUUAAUGUUAGCAUUGAUGAUGAGAAACAUCCGGGGACGCUAACGCCAAACAGCAGCCCCCUCAUGUUUUUUUUUUUUUUUUUUUAAUUUUUAUUUUUUAGAUUUUGCUAUGACUGAAACUUGAGCACGUCUUCCGGAAGCCCCACUAAGAAGAUCUCGUCUCGUCGAGCACUUGAGCCACCCAGCGAACCCCACGAUGAGAAACUGUGAGUACCGGCAGAUCGACCCGCAGGCUCUGUCGGCGGCUCCCGCUUCGGCUCCGCGGAGCGCCGACAAGAAAGCGGAGCGCCCGCGGAGGAAAUGGGAAGUGUUCCCGGGGAAGAACCGAUUUUUCUGCGACGGCCGCGUCAUCGUGGCCAGACAGAGCGGCGUUUUCCCGCUGACACUGGGGCUCAUUGUCGUCACCUGUGGCCUUUUCUUUGCAUUCGAUUGCCCGUUCCUAGUGGAACACCUGACAGUCUUCAUCCCAGUGAUCGCAGGGCUGCUUUUUAUGUUUGUGGUCCUCUCCUUGCUCAGAACCAGCUUCACAGACCCCGGCAUCCUACCCAGGGCCACCUCGGCUGAAGCUGCAGACAUUGAGAAGCAGAUAGACACCUCCGGGGCCUCCUCGUAUCGCCCCCCUCCGCGGACAAAGGAGAUCCUCAUCAACCAGCAGGUGGUCAAGCUCAAGUACUGCUUCACGUGCAAAAUGUUUCGCCCUCCGCGGACGUCACACUGCAGCCUUUGUGACAACUGCGUGGAGAGAUUUGAUCACCACUGCCCGUGGGUGGGCAACUGCGUGGGCAAGCGCAAUUACCGCUUUUUCUACAGUUUCAUCAUCUCCCUGUCUUUUCUGACAUCUUUCAUAUUUGGCUGCGUCAUCGCACACAUCAGCUUGCGUUCUCAAUCAGGUAAAAGCCUCAUCCAAGCCAUCCAGGAGAGCCCUGCCAGUGUGGUGGAGCUGGUCGUUUGUUUCUUCUCCAUCUGGUCUAUCCUGGGCCUCUCAGGCUUCCACACCUACCUCGUAGCCUCCAACCUGACUACCAAUGAGGAUAUUAAAGGCUCCUGGUCGAGUAAAAGGGGUGCAGAGGAGUCGGGGAACCCGUACACCUACAACAGCGUCCUGGCCAACUGCUGUGUGACGUUAUGUGGGCCCAUGCCCCCGAGCCUGAUCGACAGGAGGGGCUUCCUGCCGCCCGAGUCCGUCGCCGCCGCUUCUGCCUCCGAGGUCGAGCUGCCGUCCUUGGCGGCCAAGAGCGACACGAACUGCACACAGAGCACCAAAGACGUGCUCGAGAGGAUGCUCCGCUCCUCCGCCUACCACGGCCUCUGCCUUCCCGGCACCCCAAAGACCACCCCUUUGGGCCCGGAGGCCACCGGCGUCCCGGCCCACGCACCGGAGACGCCGCGGGCGGCCAGGUGCUCGGACCGGCCCUCCGCCGCCGCGUGCUCGCCCUUCUCCAGGAGCAGCACCGGCGACUCGAUGCACUCCAUCAACCCGGCGUUCCGUCUGGCGUCACCUUCGCCCUCGCUCGCUCGAGCCAGGCUGGUUCUCGGCGAGGCACCCGACGUCGGCUUUAUCCCGUUACCUUGAGGGUUUCCGGCUUGGAGGUCUGGUGGGAUUCCCCCCCCCCACCAAGUGCUGCUGCGCGGUCCUGUUUGACGUCGAUCACGGCAAAAGCCCAAACGGACAUUUAACACUUUCAAGACACCCCAGCGCACGCCGCCUCGCCUUUCACGGGACAGAACCUCGAGCUGUAGAGUCAGCCGCAGUGCUCACAUCUUACGCAAAGCACUCCUAUAACUUGUGAACAAACGUGAGUUUCUGGAUGAUGGACGGAGGAAUCAAUUUUACUGGACUCCACUGUGAUUAAGUUAAGGAACAAACUUUGGGAGAAGUCCGAUAAAUCUUGAGUUUGAAAAGCUUUCGCCGGGUUCCCAACCGAUUUCAACCAAGUCGCCGGGAAUGGUGUGACCUAAAAUGCGGGAGGUGCAAAGCAAAAAAUGGGUUGGAGAUAAUGCAAAAACUUGAAACAUUUCGUCAUAAUUAAAAAAAAAAUAAUAAUCAAGUAAAUACUAUUGGGCGGCAUGGUGGAUCAACUGGUAAUGCAGUUCUGAGGACCCGGGUUCGAUCCCAGCCCCACCUGUGUGGAGUUUGCAUGUUCUCCCCGUGCCUGCGUGGGUUUUCUCCGGGCACUCCGGUUUCCUCCCGCAUCCCAAAAACAUGCAACAUUCAUUCAUGGGCAGGGUGGCAAUUUUUUGCCUCAUUGAGAUAAAAGUCUCCUAACAGGCCACAGUCAAGGAAAUAACACUUUUUUUUUUUUCAUUUAUGCUUAAGUUAUAUCAUAACUUUACUAAUUUAUAAUCUCGUCCCAAAAAUGGGACGCUGCCCACGAGAGGGUAGUUGGGUGUUCUUAGUGGAUCGUCCCAAAAACCAGAAUCAGAUUAAAACACUUAAAUAUUUUGAUAUACUGAAGGAUAUAAUGCGUGAAAAUCGUGAUAUCCCAAAAAUGCGACGCUGCCCACGAAUGGGUCAAUAUGACACUCUAAAUUGCCCGUAGGUGUGAUUGUUAGUGCGACUGCUGCUUGUCUCUAUGUGACCUGCGAUUGGCUGGCGACCGGUUUAGAGUGUGUCCCGCCUCCUGCCCGGCUCCAGCCGGGAUCAGCACCGGUACUCCCCGCGACCCUCUUGAGGAUAAGCGUUGAAGAAAAUGGAUGGAUAGAUAAAUACUAUUGCUGUCACCACAUUCCCAAAACAUCCAUUUUAGGUUGAUUGAAGACUGCAGUUGACCAAAUUGUGUGUGUGUGUCCAGGUGUACCAGUUCAACUGCGAUACUGAGGAUGAGCAGCAAAUGGGUGAAAUUUAAGUUUUGCAAUCGUCUGAUGUCGAAUAGCACGUCGCCAUACAUAGGCUUGUUUUCAAAUUUUGGUAAUUUCCAAAGACGCGCUUGUGAUCUGAUGUUUUAGAACUUUUGCUUGAAGUGGACUGCUCAAAUUUCUGAAUUAGAGGGGAAGAUUUUUACUUUACUUUUUUCAUUUGUAUAAUUUGUUUUUGUCAUCUGUUCUACGUUUCGUGUUUUUUUUUUCUUUUUGCAUCUGACAUAAAUUAUAGUAUUUGACACAAUGUGAAAUGUGUUUUUUUCCCCCUUCUGUUAAAAAGAGCCACAUUUUUAGAGGUUAAACAUUUGUGAAAGCCGCGAGAACAACUUGGCUUGCCAUCAAUGACUUGAACGUCACUUUCUCGACGACGCGUUUGCGUUGAAUUCGGAUGAAAUGUAAAUGAAAGCACGCAUCUGCCGGGCACUCGAAAGAGAGAGAGAGAGAGAAACGUUUCGCGGAUUGACAGCAUCUCAUACGUGAGUUAUGUUAUGUUUGGUAUGCGGACGCGGUCGCGUUUAUCUGAAUGUACUCGUGUGGUUAGCGCAUCUGCGUCGCAGUUCUGAGGUUUGCGGUCUGAAUCUCGACUCCGCCCCUUCUGCGUGCGGUUUGCAUGUUCGCUUCGAGCUUGCUUGGCUUUACUGUACUCGCCCGCAUCCGUACACAUUUCAUAAAAACAUGAACAUUAGGUUAUUUGAAGACUAAAUGGUCGGCAAAUGCGAUUGGUUGGUUGUUUGCACGUGCCCUGUGAUUGGCUAGUGAUUCCCUCACCCAAAGCCAGCUGGGAUAGGCUCCAGCUCACUUGUGACCCUAAAUCAUAGGUGUCAAACUCAAGGCCCGGGGGGCCAGAUCCGGCCCGCGAAGCCAAAUCGAGAGUGUUAAUUUCAAUUAUUCUUGUAAAAAUUUGUACAAAAAUUUCAAAUUGUUAUGCAUGAAAAAUGAUAAAGUUGAGAUAUUACAAGCGUUUUUUGUGUUUCCAAACAUGAAUAGUUUGAAAAACACAUUCCCCUUGAUUUGUGAUUCCAAAGUGCAUCAUAAAUUGAUGUCGUAAAUCCAAGGAGACUAUUAAAUAUUUGUAUGAUUGCAGAGUCAUAACGGCCCUCUGAGGGAAACCGGAACCACAAUGUGGCCCGUGGGAAAAAUUAGUUUGACACGCUUGCCCCUAAAUACAUGGAUUAAUCUUCUUGUUUUUAUAGUUUGAAACGUGACUUGUCAACUGUAAUAGUGAACUUUAAUUUUGGCCACUAGGGGCCAGGAUGUGCACAAGGAUCGCACGGUCUGCUUUCACGGCACUUCUUAGGAACACAAGUAGGCCCAAAAGGCCUUUGUGUAUAUGCGCAUUGAAUCCCCGCACGGAUUCGGGUUCAAAUCCGACCGAAGACGUU